CGAAGCCAUUUUUCUACCAUUACCAGUCUCGUCGUUCCAACUGAUUCUUGGCCAUCAAAUAAGGAGGAACCACACGGAAGAAAAGACACGCUCUGUCAGAAGUUCGCAGUCUCAGAUCGGUCAUGGCGUGGAAUCUACAUUCUCUCUUCCGUCCACUGUCGUUGCUUUCUUAGAAGUAUGAUAACUGAAACGGAGGGGCUCCAAAAGGAAAUCUCUUGGAUAAAUUGGAAAAUGCAAUCAGAAAGAUUCACGUGACUCUGAAAGAAGUUGAGAAGAUCGAUAUUCUAUCCUGUCAGGAUAGACGAGGAAGAGAUUCAUACCUUUGAUCAGUGAAGAUUUUUAUCCGAAGACUAGCUGGAUAUCGACUGUGAUUUCAAAUAUAUCUAUGCUGUGAUAUUUUACGAUUUCUGAGACUUUUGGCUCAGAUGAUCCGUUAUUCAUCGAAACAACAUUUUGUAAUAUGUUAAACGUGACCGGCCGGUUUUAAUCGAUCAAUCGAUUUCUGUACGAUUCUAUUUUCGCAGUGAUUGGCACGAGCGUAACAAUCAUGAGCCAAACGUGGCAUCUUGUCGUUCUUUUCGCGUGCUAUGCAAUUCGCGGGGUGACACCUUUGAACGUUUCGGAGAAUCCUACGCGAGAUUCUCUGGCGAACCAACGAGUGAGAACUUUUACCGAUACCGAUAAAAUUACGAAUAGAAAUUGGACUACGUUGUCGGAGAUGUUAGAUGUCUUCGAUGUGCGUCAUCUUGCCAAUAAUUGGACAGAAGGGAAAUAUCCUAUUCAGGAUCAGUGUGCCAAAGAUAUUACAAGAUAUAUAGAAGGAUUGAAGAAUCACGAAGGAUGGGCCCUCAAAGCGAAUGAUGCUUCAGGCAGAUACACCAAUAGUUUCUUUUGGGGAAACUCCUACUACGUUGGUUCGUCCAUCCAGUGUGCCUAUAUCAACGAAGAUUAUGGAAAGAAAGUGAUGAAAAACAAACCAACAGAAGAGCUCAAUACCGAAUCGCGAAAGAAGCACGGCGGUCUCACUAGUAAUGAUCUUUGGAUCGGGACAAGAUUCGAUAAACCACCUUAUAAACUGGGAUUUUACAUGAUGACCAUCUCAUUGAAUACCACUUUCUUUCCUAGGAUUAGAAUGAUUUAUCUAGGAGUGUGUUUACCUUUCUCGUGUAACGCUUCCGAUGUUUCUGUGAUAGCAAAGCUCGCUGGGAGUGAACAGGCGAUGAAACAUUCGUCACUUGAAAAAAUUCGAGAUCAACAUGACAUGUACGACAUGUACGAGGACCCAGUCUUUUGGAUUCUAUUUGCUGUGACUGCUACGGUUUUCGUUUUGAUGGCAAUUGGAACUGGAUACGACAUCUACGUAACAAGAAAAUAUACUCGCGGAAAAAAUGUGAUCUACGAUUUGGAAAGGCAUGCGAAAUUCGAUCAGCUAACCACCAGAAAUCAGAAAUCUCUUGGUGCUUUUCAAGGUAGGGUCUACCUUCCUGUUCCAGCGGCAGAAGCUAUCAUCAAUGGACCUCAAUCAUUAACAAUUAAUAACAAUAACGAUCACGAAGGUAGUCUACGUUCAGCUACUCCCAAAGUACAUAAAUUUAGCGUCUUCGAGGAAUUGUUACUCUCUUUCUCUGUUCGAGCUAAUGUAAAGGUUAUUUGUGACAAUAAAGUUGGAGGUGACACGAUCAGUACUGUCCACGGUCUUAGAGUGAUAUCGAUGGCCUGGGUUAUCUUGGGUCACACCUGUAUUACCACGUUCAAGUACUCUGACAACAUGGAGUACCGAAAAGUCGUAGAGAAAAAGUUUCUUUUUCAAACUAUUACGAACGGAGCUUUUAGCGUCGACACGUUUUUCUUCAUGGGUGGUUUACUCGUGAGCUUUCUGUACUUCAGAACAAAUGCGAAAGGAGACUUGAAUAAACUUACGCAGGGUACACGGGGUAUUGUCGCAGGUGGUUUAAAAUUCAUCGGUCUUCUCAUGUACAGAUUUUGUAGGCUCACAGCUCCGUAUAUGUUUGUACUUGGAGUAGUUCAAGUCACAAUGAAAUGGUUUCAUUCGAAUUCCGUGUUUGAACCACCGACCGCGGAUCAUUAUAACUGUCCCAACUAUUGGUGGAGGAAUUUUCUUUACAUUAAUACUUUGUUCCCGGUAGAUCAAAUGUGCAUGAUUUGGAGCUGGUACGUUGCAGAUGACACUCAAUUCUACAUUAUUGGCGCCGUAAUACUAGUUUUAGCGACAAAUCACUUUAAAAUUGCAACCUUUCUGAUGACUACUUUGUUAUUAAGCUCCUGGUUAACAACCGGAUAUAUUGCAUUAAUAAAUAAUCAUAUGCCGAGCUCAGAUGAUCCAUUGGCGCUUUUCGAUAAAAUCUAUGAUAAGCCAUGGACCAGGCUGGGUCCUUAUUUUAUAGGCAUGUCGGUAGGAUACUUCCUUUUCAAGACUGAUUGCAAAAUAAAAAUGUCCAAGACAACGAUUUGCGUAGGAUGGCUUCUUUCUUCGGCAUGUCUUUUAAGUUUAUUAUAUGGUCUGUAUGAAGCAGAACUUAGUCCUAUAAUGGCAGCUACUUAUUCUUCAUUAAGUCAUAGCUUAUGGGCACUUGCUUUAUCAUGGAUCGUCGUUGCAUGCAGCACAGGUUACGGAGGAUACGUCAAUAGUAUUCUAUCGGCACCGAUUUUAUAUCCAAUUAGCAGAAUAACAUAUUGCGCUUACUUGUUACAUCCGCUCAUAAUUCGGCUCACAGCUAUGAACUUGGACUCACCGUUUCAUUUAGGAAAAUACACCAUGAUGAUCACUUUUCUUGGAGUUCUGGUUUUAUCGUAUGUACUAUCAUUUAUUAUAUCGGUGUCUUUCGAAGCGCCUAUUGUGACCAUGUUGAAAAUACUUUCUCCCAAAAAGCGAAAACGCAUACAAUGAUGCAACGACAUAGUUAUUUUACAUGAUAUAUUCAGCAAAAUUGUUUAUGUCUUUAUUGUGUGUAACUAAUGUAAAAAAGAAAUCAUGAAACAAUGAAAAAAUAUAGACGUAUUAUAAUGCGCGAAUGAAUAAAAAUUACGCACAAUUAUGCAUUGUUAUACUAUUGCGCGUAGUACGUAUGCGACGAUGUGUAUUGUUACUUAUAUAAUAAAUUAUUUGCCUUUGUA